UUUAGAAAACUUAAAAAUAACAAAAGUUUUAUCACUUUGAAUUGCUGUAGCAAAAUAAGAACUCGUGCUUGCAAUUUAUUAUUUCACUCACAAACAUUAACCAGUGAUCUAAAAAUGGCAGAAACUAUUUCUGAAAAUACCCAAAAUCUAUGCAACAUGUAAGUAUCGUUUUAUGAAAACUAACUUUGUUUUCUAAUACGUGACCGUUAUAUAUUAGAUUUAUCCUAAGAUUUCAUUUUAAUUUACUGUCAAAAUUCUAUUAAUACAGAACUGGUGAUAUUUAAAUGACCAAAACUGUUUUCAGAUGUGAGAGUAACCCUAAAAAAUACUGUUGCCCACGAUGCGGCAUAUUCUAUUGCUCUCUGGACUGCUACAAAUCUGAGAAGCACAUAGAAUGCUCUGAAAGUUUCUACAAAGACUGUGUAAAUAAUGAAUUAUCAUCUCUUAAUGUUGAUAACGAAUCCAAACAAAAAAUGAUAGAUAUACUUAGUAAAAUUUCAAAACAGGAUGUAUAUGAUCCAGAAGAUUUCAAUGAUUUAAGAAAAGUUGGAUAUGAUGGGGAAUCAAUAGAUUCAGAUGAUGAAGCAGAUCUUAGUUUAGAAGAAAGAAUAAAAGAUUUAAAUCUUGAUGACCCUGAUGCUCUGUGGAAGGUGUUGACAACAGAUGAAAAGAAUGAAUUUGAGGCUCUCUUAAGUAAAGGUGAUUUUGGAUCUCUAAUUCCACAAUGGGAACCUUGGUGGAUGUUCAGUAAAACAGAGAAAUUAGUAGAAGAUGUUGAUGACAAAAAUGAUGAUGAAAAGAAUGCUUUAAUGAAAUGUCCUCAGUUAUUAAAUGUUCCACCAUUUUCAGCUUUAACGUCUGUCAAGCCAUCUCCUGCAAUAAGGAACAACAUAUCUAAUGUAUUGGCAUCCUACGCUUUCAUUAUGAGAUACUUUAACGGUGAAGUUGAUCCCGUAGAAAGUACAGCAUAUUUACUCAGUAUAUGUGGCAACUUACACAACAACGUGAAUUAUGAAGAUUUGGCCACAUCUGUGGAGGCUGUGGCGCAAAUGUGUUUACAAAGUGACCUUAUUGAAACUGACAUCUCUGCCCUAGAUAUUAUGCGAAGAGAUACUUUUCUAAUACUACAAGGGCCAAGUGAGAAAAACAAACUUUACUAUUGUAAAGCAGCACUUUCUCAUCUGCAUAAAAUACUAUCUGAUGCUAAAACAAAAGGAACAACAACACUAAGAACAAACACAAUUAGAACAAAAAAGGAGAAAAGUGAAUUUUCAACUAAAUUCCCAGAUCGCAACAGAGAACAUUUGCCCAAAUUUGACAGUAACAAAGUUAGGAAGUGCAUGAAAAAGAUCGAAUAUUACUUAUCAUUUGUUGAAACUCAUGGAAUGGAUUUCGAAUAAAAUGCUGUAUUGUGGCAUAUACAGGGUUAUUAGUACAACAAAAGUUGUUUACAAUGUUGGUUACCUGGUUAUGUGAGGUUAAUGGUUUCCGAUUCACCCUGUAUAAAAUCUUUUUCUGAUAUGAAAUUGAAAAGGUAUUAAUAAAAAAUCUUAGAUUGCCUUUACCAAAUAAUUUUAUUUAAUAACAACACGAAGGUAAUCAUAAUCACAGGAAUGUCAAAAACAGUAUUAAUAUUAAACUCUAUAAGUUAUUAAUAAUUUAAUAUACUUUAAAAGCAAUUCAACAACACACAUUCCUUUAUAUGGUCAUUCACAUUUCGUUACUGAUUUGGAGACUUGAUAUAAUUAUUAAUAUUAAAUAGAAGAUCAAUUAUGUAGAUUUACAUACCAUAAUAUAUAAUUCAGAAA